AUGCCUGCAGCAAAGCAUCAGACCCAUUUCAAGCCCAUCCAAAAGUUUAAGCUCGACUACGCUCCUAUUGACAUUGCCCAGUAUGAGUCUGACCGUACUGGUAUGCGUGUCGUCGUCGUCGAUCAGAAGGGUCCCAAGGUCUACGGUUACUUCACCUUAGCCACUGAGAUCCACGACGACUCGGGUUCGCCGCAUACCCUUGAGCAUCUCUGUUUCAUGGGCUCCAAAAACUACCGAUACAAGGGUGUUCUCGAUAAACUCGCCACACGUGCUUACUCUAACACAAAUGCCUGGACCGCCACUGAUCACACCGCUUAUACCUUGGAGACUGCUGGCUGGGAAGGCUUCGCUCAGAUCCUUCCUGUCUACCUUGAGCACGUUCUUGUGCCCACCUUGACUGAUGCCGGAUGUUACACCGAAGUGUUCCACGUUGACGGUACUGGCCACGAUGCUGGUGUCGUCUACUCUGAGAUGCAGGGCGUUCAGAAUCAGCAAGGCGAACUCAUGGAGUUGCAAGCCAGAAGACUGAUGUAUCCCGAAGGUGAUGGUUUCAGGUACGAGACUGGUGGUAUGAUGGAGCAGCUCCGUGUUCUCACGGCUGACCGCAUUCGAGAGUUCCACCGCGAAAUGUACCAGCCCAAGAACUUGUGUCUCGUACUCAUUGGUGAGAUUGACCAACCCGAGCUCCUGCAUAUCCUGGACGAUUUUGAGGCUACUAUCAUGGAAGACAUUCCAUCACCUGAGACUCCUUUCCAACGUCCUUGGGUUGAAUCCAAGCGUACACCGCCGCUUAAGAAGACGAUUGUAGAUACUGUCAAGUUCCCUGAGGACGAUGAAUCCAUGGGUGAGGUGCUUAUUGGUUUCCUUGGACCCGACUGCAACGACCACCUGCAGGCGUCUGCUCUCGGGAUUAUGCUGAUCUAUCUUUGCGGCUCUUCGGUCUCUGUCUUGGAAAACACCCUUGUGGAGAAGGAACAGCUGUGCAGCAUGAUCUAUUACUCUACUGAUGUGCGACCUGACAUUGCUUUCUGGUUCAACCUUAGCGCUGUCGAGACCGGCAAGCUCGCCGAUGCCGAGAAGCGUUUAUUCGAAGUCCUCAAGGAGACGGCUUCCAAGAAGCUUGACAUGGGCUACAUGAAGGAUUGUCUUAGUCGUUACCGUAGGCAGCUUAAGUUCAAGUGCGAAAGCACAGGAGACUUCUUCGCAACACCCAUCAUUGAGGAUCAUCUGUUUGGUAACAGAGAUGGCACGGACCUCCGCGAACUGGAGACUUUGAAGGACCUGGAUGUUCUUGAGGGAUGGUCAGAUCAGCAAUGGAGAGACUACUUGUCAUCAUGGUUUGCAGAUGCACACCACGUAUCUAUCCUUGGUGUACCUUCCAAAGAGUUGUCCAAGCAACUCAAGACCGAUGAAAAGGCCAGAGUCAAGGCACAGAAGGAGAGGCUCGGUGAGAAGGGACUCAAGGAACUGGCGGAGAAGCUUGGCCAAGCCAAAGCUGAGAACGACAAACCAAUCCCAGACGAAGUUCUGUCACAAUUUCCGGUACCCGGAACCUCUUCAAUCCACUUCAUCCCGACAACCACUGCUAGAGCCGGCCGAGCUAGACAGAUGGGCAAGCUCGACAACAACAUUCAAGAGAUUGUUGACAAAGACGGCUCCGACAUUCCUCUCUUCAUCCACUUCGAGCACAUCCCUUCCAACUUUGUACGUACUAAACUGGUUAUGUGCACAGGCUCGCUGCCUACUGAGCUCAAGCCUCUGCUCGCCGUGUACUUGUCCAACUUCUUCAUGACCCCCAUCAUCCGCGACGGCAAGCGUAUCGAGUUCGAAGAUGUUGUCACGGAACUUGAAAAGGAUACAGUCGACUACGACAUCAGCUCUGGUCCUGGAAACGGCGAGCUCUUGCAGAUUACUUUCCAGGUGGAGGCUGAGAAAUACUCCGCCAUGAUUGAUUGGCUGCGCAUCACCCUGUUCAGCUCCGUUCUGGACAAGGAGAGGUUGCAGACCGCUAUCACUAAGAUGCUCGCAGAUAUUCCUGACGAGAAGCGCAGCGGCAUGGACAUGGCUACAGCAGUCGACUCGAUGAUCCACCUGACCAGAGACUCGAGCAGUCGCUCCCGCAACACUCUUGUCAAGUCGGUAUAUCUCAAGCGACUGAAGAAGCAUCUCGCAAAGGACCCUGAGUCUGUAAUCGCUCGCCUACAAACUUGCAUCGAUACGCUUCACAGGCCUUCUAACUUCAGAGCCUACGUUGCGGCGAACAUGGAGACCCUUUCGAACCCUGUCUCGGCUUGGAAGGCCCUUCUCAGUAACCACGACGACAACACACCGCUUCAGCCCCUGGACUCUCGCAAGUCCAAGCUCAGUGAAAUCUCCAAGAAGCCUGGUAAUACAGCUUACAUCAUUCCUCUUUCCACUAUCGACUCUUCGUAUGCUCUUCUUACCUCUCGCGGUCCGGAUAGCUGGUCUCAUCCCGAUCUGCCUGCCCUCUUGGUUGCUCAGUCUUACCUCGAUGCUGUUGAGGGUCCUCUGUGGGCAGCCGUCCGCGGUACAGGUCUCGCCUACGGCACUGGCUUCUCGCGUUCUACCGAUGUCGGCCUUCUGACCCUUCGUAUUUACCGCUCUCCCGAUGCCUUCAAGGCCUUCCUUGCUGCCAAGACCGAAGUCAGCAACUAUGCCACUGGCGUCACACCCUUCGACAAGUUCGCGCUAGAAGGUGCCGUCAGCAGUAUCAUCAUGGGCUUCGCUGAUGAACAGCCUACUAUGGGUAGUGCUGCUGGUCUUUCGUUCGUCAACCAGGUCAUCAGAGGUAUUCCCAGAGACUGGAAUGACAGUAUGCUUGAGAAGGUCAGAAAGGUUACAGAAGAUGAGAUCAAGGAUGUGCUCAAGAGACUGAUCAUGCCUAUCUUCAACCCUGAGUCUACGAACUUGGUUGUUACUUGUGCUACUAUCAUGGAGGAGAGUCUCGUCAAGGCUUUCACUGAUGCAGGGUUCAAGCCUGAGGUCAAGGCUUUGUCCGACUUUGAGGAUGACUAUGGCCUUGAGAACAUUGACGGCGACGAUGAGGAUGAAGAUGACGAUGAAGACGAUGGCAGUGAAGAUGGUAGUGAGGAUGGCAGCGAAGAUGGUUCGUCAGGUGAAGACGAAGAGUAGACUGCUUCUAGAGAUGCAUAUAGACGCCUUUCCACAAUCUAAUAGAUGCACAAAAUCUUUUGAAGAAAGAACGAUGUCUGUUCGGGACU